AUGGGCGACAGCGACGACGAGUACGACCGGCGGCGCCGCGACAAGUUCCGGCGCGAGAGGAGCGACUACGACCGGUCCCGGGAGCGCGACGACCGGCGGCGAGACGACUGGAACGACAGGGAAUGGGACCGUGGCCGGGAGCGCCGCAGCCGGGGCGAGUACCGGGACUACGACCGCAACCGCCGGGAGCGUUUCUCUCCCCCCCGGCACGAGCUCAGCCCGCCCCAGAAACGCAUGCGCCGGGACUGGGAUGAGCACAGCGCCGACCCUUACCACAGCGGGUACGAGAUGCCGUACAGCGGGGCGACUGCCGGCCCCACCUACGGGCCCCCCCAGCCCUGGGCGCACCCCGAUAUGCACGUGAUGCAGCAGCACCAUCUCCUGCCCAUCCAAGCCAGACUAGGCAACAUCGCGGAGGUGGACGUGGGCAUUGCCCCGCCCGUCAUGAAGAGCUUCAAGGAAUUCCUGCUGUCCCUGGACGACUCGGUGGACGAGACGGAGGCCGUCAAGCGCUACAACGACUACAAGCUGGAUUUCCGGCGCCAGCAGAUGCAGGACUUCUUCUUGGCGCACAAGGACGAGGAGUGGUUUCGCUCCAAGUACCACCCGGACGAAGCGGGGAAGAGGAAGCAGGAGGCCCAUGGCGCCCUGCAGAACCGGCUCAGCGUCUUCCUCUACCUCAUGGACAACGGCUGGUUCGAGAGCUUGCAGCUGGAUAUCGACAAGGCCAACGCGAUCGUCAAGAUGCUGGACGCCGCCGUUAUCAAGAUGGAGGGAGGCACGGAGAACGACUUGAAGAUCCUGGAUCAGGAGGAAGAGGAGGAGAGGCAGGACAAGGCUGAGCCGGGGAAGAAGGACGAGGCCCGACUGUCCGACGCCGACCGCAAGGGCUCGGACAAAGAGGACAAGAAGGAGGAAGGCAAAAAGGCUGACGGCGACGAGCCGGUGGAGGAGAAAGCCAAGAAGUCCUCCGAGGAGGAAGAGGAGAAGCCGGAGAAGGAGGAAGAAGCAGAGAAAGAGGCCAAAAAGGCCAGCAAGAAGCGCAAGCGGAAGCGCAGUGGGGACGACAGCUACGACGAGGGGAGCGUCUCCGAGUCUGAGACCGAGUCCGAGAGCGGCCGCGCCGAGGACAAGGAGGAGGAGAAGCCCAAGGAGGAGAACAAGGCGAAGGAGGAAGAGGACGAGGCGGCGGCGACGACGAAGGCCAAGGAGAAGGACGGCUUGGAGUGCAAACCCCGCCCCCUCCACAAGACUUGCUCCUUGUUCAUGCGCAACAUCGCCCCCAACAUCUCCCAGGCCGAGAUCGUGGCGCUCUGCAAGCGGUACCCCGGCUUCAUGCGCGUGGCCCUGUCCGACCCCCAGCCCGAGAGGAGGUUUUUCCGCAGGGGCUGGGUGACUUUCAACCGGAGCGUGAACAUCAAGGAGAUCUGCUGGACCCUGCAGAACAUCCGGCUGCGGGAGUGCGAGCUGAGCCCCGGCGUGAACCGCGACCUGACCCGCCGCGUCCGCAACAUCAACGGCAUCACGCAGCACAAGCAGAUCGUCCGCAACGACAUCAAGCUGGCGGCCAAACUCAUCCACACCCUGGAUGACCGCACCCAGCUGUGGGGGGCGGGGGAGCCCCGCGAGGCCCCCCAGGUCUCGAGCCUGCCCUCCCAGAACCCCAUCCUGAAGAACAUCACGGACUACCUGAUCGAGGAGGUGAGCGCCGAGGAGGAGGAGCUGCUGGGCAAGACGGGGGAGGCGGCCGACGAGCCCCCCAAGGAGGGGAACCCAGCCGAGAUCAAUGUGGAGAGGGACGAGAAGCUCAUCAAGGUGCUGGACAAGCUGCUGCUCUACCUGCGGAUCGUGCACUCGGUGGAUUAUUACAACACCUCGGAGUAUCUCAAUGAGGACGAGAUGCCGAACCGCUGCGGGAUCGUCCACGUGCGCGGGCCCAUGCCCCCCAACCGUGUCAGCCACGGGGAAGUGGCCGAGUGGCAGAAGACCUUCGAGGAGAAGCUGGCCCCGCUCUCCACUGUGCGGGAGUCGCUGUCGGACGAGGAGGCCCAGAAGAUGGGCAAGAAGGACCCCGAGCAGGAGGUGGAGAAGUUCGUCACAGCCAACACCCAGGAGCUGGGCAAGGACAAGUGGCUGUGCCCACUCAGCGGCAAGAAAUUCAAGGGCCCCGAGUUCGUGCGCAAACACAUCUUCAACAAGCACGCCGAGAAGAUCGAGGAGGUGAAGAAGGAGGUGUCGUUCUUCAACAGCUUCCUCAUGGACGCCAAGCGCCCGGCGCUGCCCGAGAUUAAACCCAACCAGCCCCCCGCACCCGGGCAGGUUCUUCCCCUCCUUCCAGGUCUCACCCCUGGGCUGCCCUACCCACACCAGACACCCCAGGGGCUGAUGCCGUACGGACAGCCCCGCCCGCCUAUUAUGGGAUACGGUGUUUUCUCUGCUGACACAUGUCCGUCUGUCCCUCCCACAGGCGGCCCCCCCUACCCUCACGCCCCCUACGCCGCCGGCCGUGGUAAUUAUGACACCUUCCGGGGGCAGGGCGGCUACCUCAACAAACCGCGCAACAGGAUGGUCCGGGGCGACCCCCGCGCGAUUGUCGAGUACAGAGACCUGGACGCCCCCGAAGACGUGGAUUUCUUCUGAGUGAGACGGCCCCACCCCUUGUUUUAAGCCCCGCCCUGUUCCCCACAAACUGCCCCUCUCACUCCUCCACCCCCCCGGGUUUUUUAUACGAGUCUCCGCUACCGAAUUCCCCACCUCACCCCCACCGCCGACUGUUUGUACAUUUCACCUUGUCGGUCCCAACUCGAUUUCAAUAAAUACCUGGAUGUAACCGCC